AUGAAAGGGGAGUCAUUUGGAAAGAACUUGAUUUGUAUUGAUAAUACUGCUCACAUCAAUAGGGUAGUAUAUGGAACUCCUCUACUUUCAUUUUAUCGAUUUUCAAAGCCUUUAACUCAACAAACUACGCUCAUUGCAUAUGCAGAUUCAAAUGGCGAUCCUAAAUGUGAAGAAUAUAAUCAAUCCGUCAUACAAAAUCUUGUCAUACAAGAGACUGGCGACUUUAAAGCCAUAUGUACGUGUGGUUUGAUCGAAUUAGCAAAAAGAAGAUUGGCUACUUAUGAGGAAAUGAAUAAAAAAUACGAUUUGCACUUACCUACAGAUGGACGAGGAUUAACUCCGCUGAAUCAAGACAGUUCAACAAUCAUUUUAUGCAGUGAUUUCUUCGGAUUUUCACCAAAUUUCUUCAAUAUGGCACGUGUUGGGCCGUUUGGAUCCGAGUAUUUGAUUAGGCCGUUGGAUAACAUAUUCUGCGUUUACGUAGAAGAGAGAAAUCCGCUGGAUGUUUCAAUUUUCCCUCCAUGGGUCAAACUAACUCUAAUUAAUAGUGGAAAUCCAUAUUCUCUUAGCAGAUAUCAAGAUCAGUAUGGUUUCUUUUCAAGAAAAGAACCACAUACAUUUCAUUUUAAUUUACAAUUCCCAAAUGGUGAAUCUCAUCAUUUUACAGUGCCUUUAGCAACAGAUCCGAACAUUUGGCCAUUCCCUUACGAUAUUUGCUUGAAAGAUCUUAAAUCUCGUCCUUCAUUGGUUCCAACAUAUGUUUUAAUAGAAUCUGAAGAAAAAUACCCUCAAAUUGAUACAAAUAAAUACCAAUUGACCAUUCCACAAGACGCUCAAUUGGCCGCAAAAGGUUAUUUCACUUUACACGUUGAUAAAACGUCUCCGCCGUUUGGAAUGGUUGAUUUUAGAAGGUUUGAGCUCAUCUUGUCUGCUUGGAACUUCCCAUUUUUCGAUACAACUCCAAAUAAUAAUCUUGUUCUUCAAUAUUUGAAAGAAAUCCCUUUGGCUUACUUUAUUCCUGCACAGUUAUAUCUUUCCAAGAGAGGCUAUGAUGUAGCAAGAGCAGAUCCAGGCAAAAAGUAUGAAUUUUACCAAGAAAGGAAAGAUUUCUUCAAUGCCGAGAAAAAAGAUUCUUCUAAGCAGGAAAAAUACGAUAGAAGAACUUCCUUCAACUCCAUUCGAUUUGCGACAAAGUUUUCCGGUCAAAUUAAUUUGAAAUCUUAUGGAACUUACAAAUGCGUUGAUAACCUUGAUACAGCAGAUAGUGAGUCAUGGUCGAGCUUAAAUACCCUUGUUUUCCGAAAGGUUGAAGAGAAUUUCCAAUGGAAAGUUGAUGCUCCGAUUUCCAUGGACAGAAUUUUAGAAUUGAUGCCUCAUGAGGUCCAGAAACCAAUUAUGGCCCUUAGCGAAGAGUCAAGUGAUAACCCAGACGAUGUUAAAGCUCAGAAAACAGUUGAUACAAAACUUGACACUUCGUAUGUCACUUUGGACCGCUUGGUUGUAUUGCUUAGAGACAAAGAUACAGAAGCAAUAAGUAAAAUACUCGAAUCUCUUAGUACGGGAAGUAUUCAGCAAUAUAACUUUACGAAAUACUUCCUAAGGAAAGCUGUUGACAGAUAUCAGCUUCGUGGAGUAUUAGACAACAAAGUUAUUGAAAGUUUUAAUUAA